CCCUCCCCCUCCUCUUCUCUCUCUCUCUCUCUCUCACUCUCUCUCUCUUUCCCUUCCUCUAUCUCUUUCUCUUGCACCACCUGUUAGUGCAGACCCCUGUGCUUUGGAAUUCACUUGUUUAUGUGGGAGUCUUUCACACUCACACAAUCAAAGCUCUAUGACGGUGCGUAAGGGAAAAAAGCUCACCAUCUCCAUCCAGGAACACAUGGCCAUAGACGUCUGUCCCGGCCCCAUACGACCAAUUAGACAGAUCUCUGCCUAUUUCCCCCGACUCUCCCCGACUGCUGAGCCUAUCUCUCCUAACCCUGCCUCUCUAUUGGCUCUCAGCCCGGGGGUCGGGGCCUCUGGAGGAACGAGCAGAGGUCUCCUGUCCCCUCUGCAGGCAGAGGUCAGAGGAGGGGGUGGGACUCUGUCAGCAGCAAGCAGCAUUGAGACAUCGGUGGACAUCUGCAGUUCAGACAGCGAUGACAGUACUGCACUGGGGACAUUAGAAUUUGAACUGAGGUAUGAGACAGCAACCAGUUCACUCCACUGUACCAUCAUCAGAGCCAAGGGUCUGAAACCUAUGGAUUUUAAUGGUCUGGCAGACCCUUAUGUCAAACUUCAUCUUCUACCAGGAGCAUGUAAGGCUAAUAAACUGAAAACCAGAACGAUACGUAACUCUCUAAAUCCUGUUUGGAAUGAGACUCUUACUUACAUUGGCAUCACAGAGGAGGACAUGCACAGAAAGACUCUGAGGUUAUCGGUGUGCGAUGAGGAUAAACUGACUCAUAAUGAGUUUAUUGGAGAGUCUCGUGUGGCCCUGAGACGUGUGAAACCAGACCAGACGAAACGUUUCUACACCUGUUUAGAACAUCCUCCACCUCUUCCUUCUCCUACAGCCAUGGGAGCAGCACUGCGAGGGAUUUCCUGUUACCUACGAGAGUGGGAAAACGAACAGUUGACCAGUUUGGAAGAGAGGGGCCGUCUGUUGCUCUCGCUGCAGCUCCUGCCACCUCCUGCAGAGGGCGAAGCAGAGGGCCGGCGAGGGGGCUUGUACGUCGGAGUGCACCGCUGUGCCCAUCUGGCAGCCAUGGAUGUCAACGGCUUCUCAGAUCCCUAUGUGAAAAUAUAUCUGAAGCCAGAUGUGAAGAAGAAAUCCAAACACAAAACGGCAGUGAUUAAAAAGACCCUUAACCCAGAAUUCAAUGAGGAGUUCUUCUAUGAGAUCUCUCUAUCUGAACUGGUCCAUAAGACAUUGGAGGUCACAGUAUGGGACUAUGAUCUGGGAAGAUCUAACGAUUUCAUAGGUGGUGUGUGCUUGAGCUGUCACGUCCAAGGAGAUGCACUUCGUCACUGGAUGGACUGCUUGAGGAACAAGGGUCAAAGGGUGGAGCGCUGGCAUAUUCUGACCAAUGAGCUGCCUCAGACCACCUGCCAUGAUUGAGGAAGAAUCCUACCAGGAACCAGGAAAUCGGUCAUGAUAGGUUAAUGGAUUUGAUUAAUAUGAGGUGGAUACAGAGAUAAUUAUAUGAGCUAACUAGGGGCCAAUAUAUUGGAAGUAAAUUACACACUUAGUGCUUAAAGGAAAGUGGAGGAUGGCCCACCAAUUGCCUUCUGACUUGGUGUCACUCAAAGUGAGUCCCCGCCCCUUUCACCCACUUCUCUCUCUCUCUCUCUCACGCUCAUUGCUGCACGUUUUCUACACAUUUUGUAACGUUGAAGUGUAUUUUACUCUUAUGGAAUCUUGUGUAGCACAACUCUCUUUUUUGACUAACUGACUACAAUGUAUUUCAAUGUUCAGUGCUUUCGUAAUGCUUGCAGACAGCGCAUCUUUAACAAAAUACAGGGGUGCAUGCAAACUGCCUGCCAUGGACGCAUCAAAAUGAUAUACAUAUGGUAUCGCCAUAACAACAUGGGAAGGUCCUUAAGCAAUGUUGUCAAUCAUAUUUAAAACGAAUACAAUUUCAUCAGGAGCAGGUUUAUAUGUGCUGCUAACAAAUAGACUAUCCAUUUUGUAGCAUGAUGCAAUGUUUACAUUUUUUACUUUGCACCAACUGUGUUUUCCAAGGUCUCAAAUUUGGCGGUUUUCAAUUUCCAGUUGUUACUUUUCUUUAAAAAGGGGUUUUAUGGACAUGCUACAGUUUGAUAUCGCAUAUGUUAAUUACUUGAUAUAUUUUUGGAAUCAAAUGUUUAUAUGUGCCAUAUACUUGGACUAACUGGAGUGCGUCUGCAUGCAUACGCAUGUGUGUCGUCUGGUUGUUUUGUACCAAAAAAGUGCUGUAUUCUUGAGAGUUUGUGGUUUACAUUUAUAUGAAGUGAAUAUGUACAAAUUGGAAAUACAUUUGAAAUGCAUUGCUCUUU